UCUUGUCGUCGUUACACACACUCUCCACUAAUCCUCCUUUAUCAUUGCAAGCUUUGACUGGGAGGAAGAUGAAGUCUUUCUCUGUUGACGACUAUCACAUUGUCUCAAGAUUUAAUUCUCAUGGUGGUGGGUGGGGUUACAAUGCUGGAUCGAUAGAAGCAAUAUUGUUCAGUCCUGAUCAGGACAUACUCCUAGGUGGGUUCGGUCUUUAUGGAGGGCGUGGCCAAUACAACGUUGAAGUCAAAGUUUUAGAAGUUGGUGAUUCUCCAGACGAAGGUGAGGGAACCCUCCUUGUCUCAGCGGAGGAGAAAGGCUACACUUGUGAACGAAACAAAACGUUUCGAUUGUUAUUGGAACGACCUGUUGUCCUGUUGGCCUAUCAUUGGUAUGCAGUUCACUGUAUGAUAGUUUCUCCUUCAGGAGCUAGUACUGAUGCUGGUUCAUCUGGUCUAGGGGAAACUACUGGGCCUGAUAAGUAAGCAAUUCUAUUUAUAGUAAAUUCUAUUUAUAGUAGCUUAACGGGUAUAGGGAUAUUCUAUUUAUAGUAACUUAAUGGGUAAAGGGAUAAUCUAUUUAUAGUAGCUUAUGGGUAUAAGGAUAAUCUAUUUAUAGUAACUUAAUGG